CCCGGGCGGCGUCGGGAGCACGGCGCGUGGGGCCGCUCCACGGGCGAGUCGUGCGAGCGGUGUUGAGCGGCCUCGUGCGACAAGCAACGGACACGCUCCACGUGCGGAUCGCGCAAUAAAUGUAACGCGUGUGUGGCCGGUGUAUUGUACGUUUAUUGCACGAUUUGCCCAUUAAAUACAUGAUUGUUGCUUGGCGCAUGUGGCUGGUCUACAUUUAUUGCACGAUUCACCUAUUAAGUGCGUGAUCGUUGCUUGGCGUGUGUGGCCGGGCUACAUUUAUUGCGCAAUUUGCCCGUUAAGUACGUGGUAUUUGCUUGGCGUGUGUGGCCGGUCUACAUUUAUUGUGUGAUUCACCUGUUAAGUGCAUGAUCAUCGCUUGGCGCUUGUGGCUGGUCUACGUUUAUUGCGCAAUUUGCCCGUUAAGUGCGUGAUCGUUGCUUGGCGCGUGUGGCUGGUGUGUUGUGCGAUUGAUUCACCCAUUAAGCGCGUGAUCAUUGCUUGGCACAGGCGGCCGCUCUACGGUAUUGUGUGUUUUGCCUGUUAAUUGCAUGAUCGAUGUUUGGCACGGGUGGCCGCUCUACGUUUAUUGCAUGUUUUGCCCAUUAAUUGCGUGAUCGUUGCUUGGCAUGUGUGACCAGUCUACAUUUAUUGUGCGAUUCGCCUGUGAAUUGCAGUAGAUAUGUAAUGUGUUGCAAGGGCCUAAGAAAUGUGCAUCCUUUUUAUUAUCAUAGUAUCUAAGAUGCAUUGAUAUAUGGAGACCUGUAGGCCUGCCUAGGAGUUCAUCUGGUCCCUGACUCGGUAUCCAGGCUGGCAUCCUACAGGCAAAUCCCAGGCUCAGAAAUCCCCGUGUUCAGGUACCCCCGGGCGCCCUUCAUCUUAUCCAGGAGCUGACGAGAUGAGCAGAUAAGGAAGGUGCAGCUGUCCAUGCCUGGCCUCUCUGCAAGGAGGGAAGCGCUGUAACAUAGCUGGAACUGGGAAUAGGGAACCAGGAAUAAGGAACUGACUUUGGCCUUGCUGCAACACAGAGGCUAGCUUUGAAAUGGGGCACCAGUCAGUUCACACGCGUGAUGGGAUGGAGGGGGCCCUGUUGCAGCGAGAGGACUCGAGCCCAGCCGGGCUGAGAACGACUGGUCUGUAGCACGGUCGUCUCUGUUUUCUUUCUGCAGAGGUCGGUGUGCGCGUUCACAGGUGCUGCAACACCGCUGUCCCAUAGGCUUCGGUAGAUGCGUCACUGAGAGCAGCUGGUGCUUGGUCUUAUCCACCCCUGCCCUGCCUGGUGUUACCACCUUGUAGAGCUGGACUUGAUUGAGUUCGGUGAUCGUAAAGGUUGAGAGCGAUAGUUAAGAUCCGUAUGGGCUUAGUAGAGUCUAUGCCUCUUCCUUCUUUCUGGGGUAACAAUUCUGGCUGGAGGGGGGAGGCACUUUUUUUUUUUUCUGGUUGUUUUGUUAAUCCUCCUGAUGCCUUUUAGUCAAGGGCAGGAGUGAGACGUAUAGCAUUACAGUGGAAAGGUUUAAGCACAGGUUUUGCAAUGUUUCCUAAAGAUGAGACUUGCAGUUUGCCUAAUCUCUUCUGGAAGGCCUCUCCCUCCUUGCACCACAGCAACCAUGAUGGCUUUAUCCCUCAGCUUUUGCCCAGUUCAUCCUGGGUUUUGUCCUCUGCAUUGCUGCCCUGGAGUGCAAAAGUCUCUGUGUUCCGUAGACUGAAAACUGGUGUUUGAUGUAACUCAGUCUUAAUCCAUGAAGGAAAAGCUAAUGAUGUUUUGCUUGCUGAUUAGAACAGAUUGCUGUAGUGUUUUGUGAAGCUAAUGAUGUACAAACACACUGCCAGGUAUUUAUGUGAUGGCGUCUGCUGCACUUACUUGAGCAGGAAGAGACCUACAUGGUUUUCAUUGGGAAUUUGAGGCCUGUAUUUUUCUGGUUCUGCUUAUAUUAGCAGAUGGUUAAUUACAAUGUUAACUUAUUAUGGCAAUAACUCUCAAUCCCAUAUGUUAUGGCAUCAUAAUUUCAGCAAAUGAGAAGUAUACAGUUUGUGUUCCAUAUUGUGCUCUGAAAUACAGGCAGUCCUCGAUUUACAGCAUUUCGCACUUACAACGUUUAUAAAUUUCAACUUUAUGAUGUCAGUUUCGACUUUACAACGCUUGAUCGGAUGCGAGGCCAUGCCAGCGAGCAAGUUCGCUGCAUCGCUCAUCUCCCUGGAGGACAUCUGUCCAAACUUCCUUGGACGCUUUCUUUAAGAAAGCAGACAAGACUCCAGGAAAAUCUGCAGCCAGGACUCCUGAGAAGACUCCAGCGAGGAGCCCUUCAAAAUGUCCAUCCAAGAGCCUUUCAAAAAGUCCAGCAAAGUCACCUCAAAGAAGUCCUUCCAAAUCAAUAUGAUUGCAAUUUACAAUAUAAAUACAUUAGUGUAGCUAUAUUACUCAUCUAUAAUUGAUCCAGUACAAAAUUCUGGAGUAUUUUUGGUGAAAAUAAGGUAUUGGGCCUUAGUUCAGGAACCAAUCCCUCAUUUAUAACAUCGUUUCUUAUGAGAAAAUUGGUUCCAAGUUACGUUUUGACUUAAGACGCAGUGUUUAGGAACCAAUUGUGUCGUAAGUCUGGGGACUGCCUGUAUCAGAACUAGGGGUUUCCUUCAAAAGCCAUCCCAUCCCAUCAGCAACUCCAAGAAUUUCAAGUUAUAGUUAGCAGUCUCCUUUCUGUAGAGAACAAGGAUGGUUUCACAGAGGCCACUAGAGCAGAAUUUGAGAGACCAAGAUUUCUGCCCUGCUGUGGCUUUUCUCUGUGACCUUAGGUAAAGUCUCACUGUGCCUCAGUUCCCCAUCUGUAAAACGGGGAUAGUAUUUUCCCUUUCCUACUUCACAAGUAUAGAUGUACCGUGAGGUUAAGAAAUGUACAUCACCCCUGUUGUCAUAGUAUCUAAGAUACAUAGAUGUAUGUAAACCUUGUCUGGCAAUAACAAACUGUUACCAUCCAGCCCAGCCUGGUAACCAGGCAAGAUCCCAGUCUGGAACUGCCCGGGCAUGCAGGAAGGCUGGGUUCUGUGUAGUGCCGUUGCUAAGACAUGCUCAACUUUUUUUUGAGGGUCCGGACCUAACAUAUCCAUUUUGAGGAAAAAUGAAACACAUCCAAGAUUCCUGAAUAAUAAGAAUGGGUCCAGAUGUACCACUACUAAAUGAUUACAAGCAGGAGUUCUUCUUGAAGCGCUUUCCACAGACUGUCCUGGGAGGUCCCCGAUUUAAAUUAGGCUAUUGUGCCCCUCCUUACAUAUAUGUGAAUCAGAUUAUUCUUUUCCUAACACCAUGGGUUUUGGGAGGAGUAGGAACACUUUUGUACCAGUUAGAUAUUAUGAAAGACUAUUACACUGCAGCACUUUCCGGAGGACUGAUGCUUGUUACAGCACUUAUUCUCCAGUUGACAAAUCUGAACGUGAGACAGAGAACAGUGACGGUAGAAAGAAUGCAGGUUCCAAAUACCUUAACAGAUGAAGACGAGUAUGAAUUUUCUAGCUGUUUAGGUUCAGAGACAGUAAAAUUUAUUAUUCCAGGCAAGAAGUAUAUAGUGAACACUGUUUUUCAUUCAUUUCUUGCUGGGGUCAUGUGUGGUUUGGGUACUUGGUAUUUGCUACCAAACAGAAUAACUUUGCUGUAUGAUAACGUUGGAGGAACUGUUAUGAUCUUUGUGUUUGGAUGGGUGACUAUAUGUAUAGGAGAAUAUUCAUUAAUCAUAAAUACGGCUACAGAGACAGCUGCUUUCCAAGCACUGGAUACUUAUGAAAUUACUGCUUUGAUGAGACCUUUCUAUAUUUUUGUCUUUAUUGCAGUGGAUCUUGCAUACAGGUUUGCUGGUAACAUACCCGUCCUAGAGCAGACAAACCAGAUCUUGCACAUCUUAUUUCUGUUUCUGCCAUUCUUAUGGGCGUUGGGAAUUCUGCCUCUGCUCGAUGCACUUUUUCUAUGGGGAAUGGAACAAGUGUUGGAGUUGGUCCUAGGAGGUUCACCCAUGUCGAGUAACACAAAGUUAUUAGUAAUGUUUCUCAUUUCUGCUGGAACAGCUAUAGCAUCGUAUUUCAUUCCCAGCACUCUUGGUGUGGUCCUCUUCAUGACUGGAUUUGGGUUCAUACUGAGUCUUAACCUAAGUGAGAUUGGUUUUUCCUUCAAGCACACCAUGAGCAGCCAUUUAGCUUCCAGCAAGUCUAAGACUCUAUCCAGUGGUCCUAGGAUACAGUUUGGGCGAAGGGAAUUCAUUUUCUAUUUGACUGUGUUGACAUUUGCUCUUAUAGAAGCUAGCCUGCUGCACCACUUUGCUGGUUUUACAGCAUUGUCCAAAGACAGUCCCCAAGCUAUAGUGAGUUACUUUCUGAUCAUAUUACUCCUAAUUAUGUGGAUUCUUAGAGAGAUUCAGAGAGUAUACUUGUUUGGAGUCUUCCGAAAUCCCUUUUAUCCAAAGGAUAUCAGGACUGUGACUGUGUUCAUGGAGAAGCAAAGAAGGCUUAUGAAAGUUGGUGUUGUCAGAAGGAUUUUACUAACACUAGUGUCUCCAUUUGUUAUGAUAGCAUUUAUUUCACUAGACUGUUCCCUACAAAAUCUUCAUUCUCUGUCUGUUUGCAUUGGAUUCACAAGAAUCUUAAGAAUGGUCUGGCAAAAUACAGAGAAUGCCAUGCUGGACAUAGUGGUGGUGUCAAUAGUACAGAUGCUGGUGUUUAAUACAGAUGUAUGGUGGAACAGGAGCCUGGAUACAGGAAUCAGACUCUUACUGGUUGGUGUCAUUCGGGAUCGACUACUUCAGUUUAUCUCAAAGCUGCAGUUUGCAUUAACUGUUCUCUUGACAUCGUGGACCGAAAAAAAGCAACGUCGUAAAUCCUCCACCACAUUAAUUACACUCAACAUUGUUUUCUUCCCUGUUGUAUUGGCCUUCAUUGCUGUUUCUGCGGUGCUGUCUUCCCCCUUGCUGCCUCUCUUCACUCUCCCAAUAUUUUUGAUCGGGUUUCCCAGACCAAUCCGAAGCUGGCCAGGAUCUGUGGGUGCAACAGCAUCUGUUUGUUCCGAUACCGUGUACUACAAGCAGAUGGUUCCAAGUCUGGCUGCCGCACUGCAAUCUGCACUAGCAGCUGGUAGCUUAGGUCUCUUUUUACCUGGAUCACACUACUUGUGCCGUUUUCAGGACAGACUGAUAUGGAUAUUGGUGAUAGAAAGAGGCUUCACAUACUGUUGUGUUAAUAUUAAGGGGCUAGAGUUGCAAGAAACCUCCUGUCACACUGCAGAAGCUCACAGAGUUGAUGACAUUUUUGCAAUGGCCUUUGAGCGUGAGGAGCAUGCAAAGACUCUCUCUCUCAAUCAUCAUUUUGGAAACAUUUUAACCCCUUGCACAGCUCUACCUGUGAGGCUGUAUUCUGAUGCCAAAAAUGUCUUGUCUGGAAUAAUUGAUUCUCAUGAAAACUUAAAGCAGCUGAAAGAUGAUUUUAUUAAAGUGCUUGUGUGGGUGCUAGUCCAGUAUUUCUAUAACAAAUCGAAAACAUGUGAGAAGCUGGACAAAGCAGACAAGGACACAGAUGAAUCAUUUCCAAUAAACAAGAAAGCAUUUAACAAUACAGUGGAAAGACCCAGGUCUGUAAGGGAUGAAGAUAGCUUUAGUGUAGAGACAAUUGAGGACUGGACUGAUGAUAGUGAUCUUUUUGAUCUUGAGCCCACUGGGAGAAUGAGAGAGAGAAAAGAAAUGGGACCAGCAGCAACUGCACCAAGAAUGCAUUUGUCUAUUCCAGGAUCUGUAGAAAUGCAGAGCAGAGAUGGUGCUCUACAAAAGACACCACUUGAAGAUAAACUAUGCAGACCCGUUGUACUUGGACUUCCUGCUCUAGAUAAAGGAAAAAAGCAGGAAGUGUUAAGACUACCUUCACUUGAAUUUAGCUGCUCCUAUUCGGAGCUGCUAAGCAUACCUGAAGAAUGGAGAACAGCACCCAUCCCUGCUUCCAAAUUCAAUGAGAUGAGGCAGAGGUUUCCAGAAGAGUGGUACCAUUUCAUUUUGAGUCAGCUGGAUUUUUUUCAUUUGGAAGAAAAGCCUGCCAGUUUACUUGAAGACCUUACUAAAGACAAAGCUUUGAAAGACUUGUAUAUCCAUGGUGUAUUGUCAUGUUGUUUUGGUUUGUUUGGACUAGACAGUACAGUUCCUGCUCCUAGUCAUGUAUUUAGAGCCUACACUGGGGGUAUUCCUUGGUCUGUUGGCUUGGAUUGGCUGACUGGAAAACCAGAGCUGUUCCAGCUUGCACUGAAAGCAUUCAGAUAUACAUUUAAACUCAUGGUUGACCAAGCAAGCUUGGGUCCAGUAGAGAGCUUCAAAGAGCUGGUUAACUAUCUAGAAGAAUAUGAAAAUGACUGGUACAUUGGUUUGGUAUCUGAUAUUGAGUGGCAACAAGCAAUUUUAAAAGAAAAGCCGUAUCUCUUUUCCUUGGGGCAUGAUCCUAACAUGGGAGUUUACACUGGGAGAGUGCUCACCCUUCAGAAGCUGCUAGUGCAGGUGGGAAAGUUAAACGGUGACGCUGUCCGAGGCCAAUGGGCAAACCUUUCCUGGGAGCUGCUGUACGCUACCAACGAUGAUGAGGAACGCUACAGCAUACAAGCGCACCCGGUCCUCCUGAGGAACCUGACCGUGCAGGCGGCCGACCCACCCCUUGGCUAUCCCGUCUAUUCAUCAGAACCUCUGCAUGUGCCUUUGUUUUAGACUUUGUGCUGUCUUUUGUACAUUCUAGCUGCAUGUGGGGAAACAAAAAGCAGUGCUGCAUUUUACACUAGAAGUGUGAAGAUCCUGCUCUCAAAGUGGCACUGGAUGUGUGUGCCGAGCCAAUAAGGAUUGAUUUGCACAGAAACGGUGCUAGCCAGAGGCAAAUUCUACAGCAGGCAAGAGCAUUCAAACCUGUUUUUCAAAAUACCAUCUCCUUUGUUGCUGUCAGGGCAAGAAGCCACUGCUUCAAGAUGCCCUGAUUUCCAGUUCACAGAAGAGACAUGAUUCUGGCCAUUAACUCCUUAUGGUGCAUUCUGAUUUUUUUUUUCUUUUCUUUUUUACUAGUCUGACAGGUGACUUCCAUCAGUAGGGAAGUUACAGCUCAUUAUAGUACAGCAGACCACAGAGUUGGUCACCAAAGUGUACAUACAACUAUUUAUAUGUAUUUUUUUAUUCUGAUCAUUUUAUAUAUACAAUUGAGUUUAAUUUUAGCACUUGUUUAAAAUAUAUGGCUGUAAAUAUUGUCCUGAAUUGUAGUGUGCUACCAGCUGCUGUAUAAUAAGGGAAGUCUGGAAGAAGUAUUUUUACAGAAAUGUACACUUAUGUGGGCAAGAAAGGUUUUGUAAAUUAGCAACCUGAAUCUUGCCAUUUUACUAAAAACAAUCUACAAGGGGUGUUUCAGAAAGUAGCAGCAAUAUUGCAGUAAAACCCCGUUAGUGUGUGGGGAUCAUUUACCGAGCCAUAUCACUUCUCUAGUCGUAAGCCAUGGGUGCAUUCGACAAUACCACCGUCAAUGUUCCCUGCUGCUGCAUAGUUCCCACUUUGCCACAGGCAGGCCGCGUGGGCAGCUAUUUUGUUGUUAGUUUCUGAAACACUCUCGUGUGUUAGGGGUCGGCUGCAGCGGUAUGGCCUGCAGGCUGGAUCGGACCCGGCUCACAAACGUGAGGUUUUGGCAGUGAGCAUGCUCCCCAUGCUACCACAGGGACAAACGCCGGCCCACCUGCCUCUGACCUUGGGUGACCAUCCUGGCCCACAGCCAGAAAAGGUUGCCUGUCUCUGGUCUAUGUGAUCCUGCUGAUGAGAAGACCACAUAAGUAAAAAGGGAAGCCAGUGUUGACUCCAAGAGGAUUAGUUUUCUCAGGGUAGCAUUUGUGAAAAUUGUACUUUUUAUAAAAUGCAUUUGCGUCUUGUAUUAUUCCUUGACGACAACAACAGAGAAAGCUUGAAACCUUUUUAAAAGAACUUUCUCUACUUUUUAUUCCAGAGUUACUGCUUUCAUUCAACUAUUCUAGGCCCUUCCUGGCAUAGAUUUGGCAGUCAGUUGCUUCAUAGUAGUACUAGUAUCUUUGAAAACACUUUUGGGCCACUUCACAUGUCUCAAGUGACUUGUUCAAAUUAUCUAUAUAGUGGUCUGCAUUAGAUAAAACUGAAAUGCCCCGCUGCCUGCCAUUUGCUAGUAGUCACUCAGUAAGUCACCCCCCGCCUCCCCUCUCUUUAAGCAAUUAUGGUGGAGCUGUUAGCUAUUAUUCACCAAGAUGUAAGUAAUUGCCUUUUUUCUCUAAAGUUAAUUUAAAUCAGAUCAGUUUCAUGAGAAAAUUAUUUGUACUUCAGUGUCUUUAGUCUUAAUAUUACACAACACUGAUCAUUCAGUGUGCAUCACUGACCUUUAAGUCUUUUUUCAUAUCAGAAAAGUCUGAAUAGAGGCCAGCCUGCUGCUGAGUUUGCUGAUGCAAGAAGAGGCAUACCUUUCAGUUAAUCCCUUUAGGCAAUCAUGUAGUUAUAUUAGCAGAUUAUGCAACCCAUGUGCUUGUUAAACAGAGUUUAAAGGGUACAAAUAUUUAUAAGAGAUCUUGGAGGUAUUAAGGAGGUUUCUGUUGUAAACCCAUGAUGUGAUCUACCAUUCACAGUCAGCCCUACACAUAGAACAUUAAAUCUGCUUCAGACUCUGA